GCAGCGCCGCGCAGCAUCUGCGGUGCACUCCGAAGCACCGCUUCGUUGUCGGAGCAUCGAUUAUAUAUAACACAUGUCGGCAUCUUACCAACCGCUUCCAACAGACGACCGCACCAACCGUAGCAGAACCUCACUGUCACCGCGGAAACGUCCCAAGGCGUCGUUUCUAGUCUUCUUGGCCGUCUCCUUAUUUCUGGUCGGGGUUCCUACGUACAACGCAUUCCACCGCCUCGCCGCCGAUCGUGAUCAGGCUUUGAUAGGCAAAAUUCCAGAAAUCCAGAACACCACCGUCGCAGUGAAUCAGACAGAAAUGUCGCAGCAAGGGAAAUACAGCGUCGGAUACUUUGUUAAUUGGGGUAUUUACGGUCGUAAAUUUCCGCCCUCGUUGAUCCCCGCGGAGGAUCUCACUCACAUCCUUUACGCGUUUGCCAACGUCAAGUCCGAGACCGGGGAGGUGUUCUUGUCUGAUCUGUGGGCAGAUCAGGACAUACAUUACCCGGGAGACUCGUGGGAUGACACGAGCAACAACCUGUACGGCAACUUCAACGCUAUCUACAAGCUCAAGCAGCAGCACAGGCAUUUGAAAGUGAUUCUAUCAAUCGGUGGAUGGACGUAUUCGCCAUCAUUCCACCCUGUCGUAGUGGACGCGUCGCGAAGGGCCCGAUUCGUCGAAAGUGCCGUGCAGUUGCUAGAAGAUUAUGCGUUAGACGGUCUAGACGUCGACUACGAAUAUCCUCAAAAUGACGAACAAGCGAGAGGAUACGUGGCCCUUCUACACGAGCUCCGACAUGCACUUGACCAACAUGCGCGAAACAAGGGCAUCGAUUACCGCUUCCUAUUGACCAUCGCAGCGCCUUGCGGCCCAGAUAAUUACAAAAAGCUCCAUGCGGCUGAAAUGGAUAGGGCACUUGACUUCUGGAACAUGAUGAGCUAUGAUUUCUCCGGUUCCUGGGACCAGAUCGCGAAUCAUCAGGCCAACGUGUUUGGCGGGUUGAUCAGUGCCGCUGAGGCGAUCAACUGGUACAUCGCACAAGGUGUGCCACGGCAUAAGAUCAUCAUGGGCAUUCCGCUGUACGGUCGAAGCUUCAUGAACACCCGCGGGCCUGGUCACCCUUUCUCAGGUGUCGGAGCGGGCAGCUGGGAACAGGGUGUCUAUGAUUACCGCGCUUUGCCUCUCCCCAAUUCUCAAGUAUUCCAUGACGAGCGAGCCUUGGCAAGCUGGAGCUUCGAUCCCGCGAAGGGUGAAAUGGUGAGCUUUGAUACUGCGCAGGUUGGUUGGUGGAAGGGUGAGUACAUCGCGCGGGAAGGGCUGGGAGGCAGCAUGUUUUGGGAGCUCUCGGGUGAUAAGGGAAGCCCGCGGGAAGGGAUGGAGAAAGGAGAAGGAAAAGACGAGGUGCCCGGCGACAGCCUGGUGAGAACGGUCAAACAAGCGAUGGGUGGGCUGGACCAUAGUCCCAACUGGUUACGGUAUGAGCGCAGCAAAUUCAAGAACAUCGCAAACGGGGGUACAGGGGGAGGAGCCAAUCCGACGCCUCCGAUCACUACUGCAACGGACCGUGACGGUAGUCAGCCUCGACCGAGUAUUGCACCCUGGAGUCCCAGCGCUGUUUACACCGGGGGAAUGACCUGCACACAUGCCGGCUACGUCUGGACCGCUAAAUGGUGGACACAAGGCGAAACCCCUGGCCCUAAUGUGGAUGUCUGGGCCCAGGGUGCCGCUGUGUAACUUGCAGCGUACGUAUGAGUCUGGAAGCGCGAAGACUAUAUCUGGACCUCUGUACCCAUACCCACGGGUGCCGAUGAUGGUCGGACAUAUGCGACGGAUUCUUGGAAACGCCGUAGUCAACUAAUUCGUUACCUCCGAGACGGGUUUAUGCGCUUUCUUCAUGCGCGCACUUGUAAAGUGAUUGCUAUUCGAGCAGGCCAUUGGGUCAUUCAUCCAGAAAGUUCAUUGACA